CUCCGACACAGUCUGCCGCUCUCCGCUCUCCUCACCGCGCGGCUCUGAACCAAUCCUCCUCCUCCGACUCGACGCGUCCGGACCAAAAAUCCGCCACAUUCCUGAGGACAACUUCUUAUUAUUUUUUUUAUACAUCUACAGCUAAUGAACUUUACAUUCCUACACACCGGAAGACACUUUUGGAGAACACCUGGACACGCGCACUUCCUGGUUACAUAACUUUGCUCUUCUUCUUGCACUUGAACGAAUCCUUUACAUUCCGAAGACGUUGGCCGCGGACGGUCAUCGGUGUCUUUCUCCUUAAAGUCAACGAUCAAAGUCGUUUUUUAUUACAUCAACUUUCCUCCGAAUAGACCAAACGAGAAGGCUUUCAGAUUUUUUGCACAGCCCAACAGUAAAGUAGUCUUAACUGUGUGAUUUUUUUUAUUUUUAAGUCUUAAAUUAAGUCACUUCACAUUCGAAAUGGCAAGUGUGAACUCUCUGGAUGCUGUGAAGAGGAAGAUCCAGUGUUUGCAGCAGCAGGCCGACGAGGCCGAGGACCGGGCUCAGGUCCUGCAGAGAGAGCUGGACUGUGAACGGGAGGUCCGAGAGAAAGCGGAGAAUGAUGUAGCGGGUCUGAACCGUAGGAUCCAGCUGGUGGAGGAGGAGUUGGACCGAGCCCAGGAGAGGCUGAACACAGCACUGCAGAAGCUGGAGGAGGCUGAGAAGGCUGCAGAUGAAAGCGAGAGAGGAAUGAAGGUGAUCGAGAACCGAGCGAUGAAGGAUGAGGAGAAGAUGGAGAUCCAGGAGAUGCAGCUGAAGGAGGCCAAACACAUUGCAGAGGAGGCCGACCGUAAAUAUGAGGAGGUGGCUCGUAAGCUGGUGAUCCUGGAGGGAGAGCUGGAGAGAGCUGAGGAGAGGGCUGAGCUCUCAGAAUGUAAAGCCAGUGACCUAGAAGAGGAGCUGAAAAAUGUGACCAACAACCUGAAAUCCCUAGAAGCCCAGUCUGAGAAGUACUCAGAAAAGGAGGACAAGUACGAGGAGGAGAUCAAAGUACUGACUGACAAACUGAAGGAGGCUGAAACUCGUGCAGAGUUUGCAGAGAGGACAGUGGCCAAACUGGAAAAGUCCAUCGAUGACCUGGAAGAGAAAUUAGCAUCUGCCAAAGAGGAGAAUCUGGGCAUGAACAAAGUCCUGGACCAGACCCUGCAGGAACUGAACAACUUAUAAACACACGGAGGAAACUGGAGGGGAUGAGCUCGUCAUGUAACAUUCCAUUAGAUGUUCGACUCCAUUCCACAUUUUGAGCUGUAAAAUCUUUUUCCCCCGUGUAAAAGGGGGAUUAACUUAAAGCUUGUCCCUUGAAGUUUUUUUUUUCCUAAGGCACAACUUUGUUUUUGUUUUUUUUUAAGAUGGGAAGUCAUUUUGAAAUCAUCACUUCUUUUUUUUUGAUCUCCAGCUGCAAUUGCAGAAAUUCUAUACAGAAAUGUUUUUUGACCACUCAUUUAUUAAGAACUGGCAAUUAAUAGACCCAAAGAAACCUCACAUUUGGUCACUCAACCACUUAAACUGGCUCAAUUUUACAUAUUUGUGCCAGACAUUAAAGCCUCUGUCUGCUAAUAUUAAUACAUAGGCUACAGAUGGUAUUGGGGUUCUCUCAGUCUACAUUAGUGUGGCUCUAAAGUGCCACCCAGUGGUGAUAUGAAGUCAGUUGUUUUUCUGAUCAUGCUGCAACACUUUGAGAAGCUACAUACUGUACCCUCGGCAGUGUCUUUCUCAAACUGUUUUUAACAGCAAGAUCCUCAAAUGAACAGGUGACCUCAUGGAAAGGUUUCAUUCAUGAAUAAUCAAGUCAAGGCACAUGAUGCUCAGUCACAGGAGGCCUCUUUACGCUUAGGUAAAAGGUUAUGCCGCCUCUGCCUGAUUAUCCUGAAGCCUACAUGUUGAAGAUGCUCAGAGUAUUUUCUCCGCAUCACUUUUCUCCUACUCUGUUUUUGGUUCGGGAAUCUGCAUAAACAGAAUCUACACAAUGACAUGAAUGACCUUUCCUUGAGCAUAGUCUGCUCAUCGACUGCUUCUGCAUCAUUGCCAACAAUAUGCCAUAAUGUAGCCAAUAUCGAUAACUAGAUUUACAAUAUAUCGUAUUACAUGAGCGAGCUAAACCCCAAACCACUGGAAGCUUGGUUAAGUUUUGCCAACCAUGGAUACUUAUUGUAUAUAGUAGAAUAAUGUUAGGUAUGUGAGAAGUUGUAUUUGUUUUAAUUAUCUUUUGGGGGGUGGGUUUGGGGUUGGGUUGUUUCAUUCACACCACUUAUUUUUUGCCAGGGGAACUCUCAAGACCAAAGAACACACAUAAGACAGACAGUCAAAUUUAUUUUUAUUUUAUUUUUGGAAUUUUUGUUUUGUGAUGGCCAUUGUGGUUUCAUCUUGUGCCAGGUCCAUGAAUCGCGCCUUACAUUUGAUCAAGGCUGUUUUUGUAAUAUUUCAUUCACCACCCCCUCUAUGUCAGUCUAAUAAAUGUUUUACAGAAACCAUGA